AUGAUAUCUCUUAACAGAAAGAAUGGUCCUAAAGCAAAGAGAAACUAUAGAUUUGAAAGCGCUUGGUUGAUUGAUGAUAGUUACAACGCUAGAAUUAAGAGCUUGUGGAAUAAGACUGACGAAAUCAUGUUGAACUUAAAAAAUGUAGAAGUUGAUUCUCUUAACUGGAAGGAUAGUAUGUUGGUUCAGGUUCAGAAAACUAAAAGAGAAACUUUGUCGAGGUUGAAUGGGGUGCAAGUUUGCCUGCAACGAAAUGAAAACAUGAGAGGCAUGAAAGUGCUUGAACAGAAGCUUCAAAAUGAGUUGGGUUGCAUUUUAAAGAAGGAGGAAUUGAUGUGGCACCAAAGAUCAAGGGCAAAAUGGAUGAAAAAUGGAGAUAGAAAUACAAGAUAUUUUCAUCUCAAAGUUGUUACAAGAAGAAUGAAGAACAAAAUCCUGAUGCUAAAGAAUGAGGAAGGCAACUUCGUUCGUGGAAUUUGGGAUAACCCCGAUGGAAUUGGAGAUGUAAACAAAACUGAUAUAUGUCUCAUUCCUAAGGUUGAUAAUCCCAAUAAUGUAAUGCAAUAUAGGCCAAUAUCUCUGUGUAACACGAUUUACAAAAUAGUGAGUAAAACUAUUGUGAACAGGAUGAAGAGGAGCAUGGAUAAACUAAAAUCCCCUUACCAGACUGGAUUUGUCCCAGGAAGAACAAUUCAUGAGAACCUCAUCAUUGCAAAGGAAGCCAUGCAUAGCAUGAACAAGAUGAAAGGUAAAAAGGUAGCUUCUAAAUUGACUAGUUGGAAGAGUAACAGCUUGUCCAUGGCGGGGAGAAUCGCUCUUGCCAAAAGUGUUAUAGAGGCAAUCCCUUUGUACCCAAUGAUGACAAAUAAACUUCCAAAAUUAACUUUAGAGGACUUUAAGCUAUGCAGAGAAAGUUUAUUUGGGGUGACACAGAUGAGAAAAGGAAAUUACAUGAAAUGGGAUGUCAUUAUUCCUGCAAACUUUAUGGGAGCCAAAGUGUGUGAUCUGGUAGAUUCUAAUGGAGAAGGAAAUUGGAUCAUAUUACAAAGUUGGUUGCCUCAAGUAUGGCUUGAUAAUAUGAGAGCAUACAUGCCACCAAGACAGGGGGAGGAUACUGACAUUUUUAUUUUUGCAGGUACAACUGAUGAGAGUUUUUCGAUACGAGAUAUUUUUGAUAAACAUGUUGGUUUUGAUUUUGAUCAAGUUGAUGAUACUUGGGAUAAGAUUUGGAGAUUAGCCAUUCCAGAGAGAUACAAGAGUUUUAUAUGGUUGCUUAACCAUGACAAAAUCCUAACAAAUUUAAGCAAAAGUACAAAAGGCUUGGGGAGUGCAAGUUGUAGCUUAUGUGGAAACACUUACGAAGAUAAUUCGUAUGUUGUGAUACGGUGGGAGAACUGA